GAUAUUCAUUUAGUCUUGCUAUAACCGUGUGCCACAACGGAUACUAAGCGUGUGUGCUUGAAAAUAUUCUAAAUUUGUUGCUAGCAAUUAAAAGAAAAAUAUUAAAAAACUAAAUUUUUCGAGCAAAAGAUGUUUUCGUUUCUUUGCUUAUUUCGAAAUUCGAAUUUAACGUGAAAUUAUGGGAAAACUACGUACAUGUGUGUAUUUACUCGGUGUGAUAAUAUUAAUUUUAUGCAUUUUUUUGGAGGCCAUAGAAGCGGGCUGGAGUGCACAGUGCUGGCGGAAGCACAAUUCCGGUUCCAUACAAACGCCAGAUGGCGAGUUUAAACGUCCCAUUGGCAUACUGUGUACAUACCGUUGCAUGCUGUGGUUUCCACCAGUUUUUCCUUACUGCGAAUUCAUUUUCGAUCUGCGUUUAUCGCGGCAUUUCACCUCAUUCCCUGAUUGCUAUGAGAUACGCUGCAAUGAGACCUUCAGCUUCAUCGGACCCUGAGGCUAAACAAUUUUUAAAUAAUAAGUAAAUUCAAUAAAUAUUAUUAUAAACUA